AUGGCAUGUCAGGGCUGCUGCUGCUGUUGGAGCGCUGGGCACCUGAACCAAGACAAUGCCAGAUUCUUGCUACUGGCUGUCUUGAUUGUUCUCUACAUGUUAUGUGGGGCAGCUGUCUUCUCAGCAAUUGAGAGAGCUCAGGAGUGCAGGGCAAAGGAGCAGUGGGGGGAGAAGUUACUAAACUUUAGCCUGACUCACAAUCUGAGCCUCGAUGAGCUUCGAGGUUUUCUCCGGGAUUAUGAGGAGGCCACGGCUGCUGGAAUCCGAAUUAGUGACAGCCGACCGCGGUGGGACUUUACUGGUGCUUUCUAUUUUGUAGGCACUGUGGUGUCCACCAUAGGUUUUGGCAUGACAACACCAGCAACUGUGGGAGGCAAAGUUUUUCUGAUAUUUUACGGUCUCAUCGGAUGUGCAGGCACCAUCUUGUUUUUCAACCUCUUCUUAGAACGUCUGAUUACAGUCAUCGCCUGCAUCAUGAAGUCAUGUCAUGAGAGGCAGCUCAGAAAGAAGGGGGCACUGCAAUCUGAUAACCAAAAAGGCUCUGGGACCUCAGAGGCAGACAACAUGGCAGGAUGGAAGCCCUCGGUGUAUUAUGUCAUGCUGAUCCUGUGCAUGGCCUCCCUCAUCAUCUCCUGCUGUGCCUCUGCCAUGUACACGCCCAUUGAAGGCUGGAGCUACUUUGAUUCUCUUUAUUUCUGCUUCGUGGCCUUCAGCACCAUUGGCUUUGGUGACCUUGUCAGUAGCCAAAACGCCCAAUAUGAGAGUCAAGAGCUCUACCGCUUUGGCAACUUUGUCUUCAUCCUCAUGGGUGUCUGCUGCAUUUAUUCCUUGUUCAAUGUGAUCUCCAUCCUCAUCAAGCAGUCAGUCAACUGGAUUUUGAAGAAAAUGGAAUGCCACUAUUGCCAAUGCCAAAGAAAAGCCUUACUCUUACGGAGAAAUGUGGUGACUCCCAGCAAUGUGCGGAGUGGGCAAGAAAUCUCCAUCGAGACGGAUGGCGUGAUCGAGAGUGAAACAGAUGGGCGUCGCCUCUCUGGAGAGAUGAUCUCCAUGAAAGACUUCUUAGCCUCCAACAAGGUCUCAUUAGCCAUACUACAGAAGCAGCUGUCGGAGACAGCCAAUGGGUGUCCUCGACAGGCCAACGUGUCAACCAGACACAAGGGAUUUUCAGGAGGGGUGGGCGCUCUGGCAAUUAUGAACAACAGGCUGGCAGAAACAAGUGGGGACAGAUAG